AGAUCGGCGGGUGUAACAGGCCGUGCCAACGCCGCCGCGCGUCCUUCAAACGUUCCCUAUCGAUUCUCGCGAGCCGUAUAUUACAUCGCGACUCGCGCGGAGGCAUGCUAGUCGACGCUAUCACGUCGGUAUCAUCGUCAGUGCUAGUGCGGAUCGUGGAUCACCGUCGGAUCGGAUAGCGCGAGGAACCUGUGCAAAAAACGGGAAUGAGUCCACAAAGGUUAUUUACGCGACAAGUUUAAUAUCUAACAUAGGAUAUACAUCUAACGAACCUCGCGUGCGGGUUGUAUGUGUGCGCAAUAUAUCCAUUUCAUUUCCGAGAUGCAGAAAGUGCAAAAAGUGAGUGCAACUGCAAGCGUGAGCGGAUCUGCGGGGGCAGCGCCGACGACGGAGCGAGAUCGGGAGAGCGAGUCAUAUCUUACGGAUCGGAUGCACGCGAGCGGGCCUCCUAUUUUCGAAAUGUCGGACGACGACGAUGGGACAUGCUGCAACUCGCGGCAGAAUGGCAUCGUUCAGCCGCUGCUCACAGAUUUAUAUCAAAUCACUAUGGCUUACGCCUAUUGGAGCAAAAUGAAUGAUCACGCUGUAUUUGAUUUAUUCUUCCGUAAGAAUCCUUUUCAGGGAGAAUUCACGAUUUUUGCCGGGCUUGAGGAGUGCAUAAAAUUCUUGAAUAAAUUUCAUUAUUCUCCUAGUGAUAUCAAGUACCUGAAGUCGACUAUGCCUGCUACAGUAGACCAAAGAUUCUUUGAUUAUCUACAAAGUCUCACUGCAAGAAAUGUUACAAUAUACGCCAUAGAUGAGGGAUCGGUCGUAUUUCCAAGAGUUCCUUUGAUAAGAGUGGAAGGACCAUUAAUAAUGGUACAGCUCUUAGAAACAACUCUGUUAACAUUGGUCAACUAUGCAAGUCUAAUGGCGACCAACGCGGCACGAUAUCGCAUGGUAGCUGGGAAAAACAUAACGCUGCUUGAAUUUGGUCUUCGAAGAGCGCAAGGACCUGAUGGAGGAUUGAGUGCAUCUAAAUACAGCUAUGUUGGUGGAUUUGAUGGGACUAGUAAUGUCUUGGCUGGAAAGCUGUUCAAUAUACCUGUAUGUGGCACACAUGCACAUGCAUAUAUCACGUCUUUCACCAGCAUCAGCGAUCUGCAAGGGAAAACAUUGGCGCAUAAGCAAACGGGUGACAUUUUAGAUGUAUUAGAACUCGCUUGUAAGCAUCGCGAGGCUAUUGCCGACGAUUUGGGAGCUUUAGCUUCGCAGGCGUCUGAUGGAGAAUUAGCGGCUUUGAUUAGUUAUGCCGUCGCUUUCCCGGAAAGAUUCACUGCUCUUGUGGACACGUACGAUGUUAAGAGGAGCGGUCUGUUAAACUUCUGCGCGGUAGCGUUAGCUUUGAACGACUUGGGAUACAGAGCUGUCGGUAUCAGGAUUGACAGUGGUGAUUUAGCGUAUCUUAGUAAUGUGGCAAGAGAUAUUUUCGAGAAAAUUGCCAUCAAGUACGACAUAUCAUGGUUUGCAAAAUUAAUGAUUUGCGCAUCCAACGAUAUCAAUGAGGAGACUAUAAUAAGUUUGAACGAGCAGAGCCAUAAAAUUGAUUGUUUUGGGAUUGGAACGCAUCUCGUAACAUGCCAAAGACAACCGGCUCUGGGAUGUGUUUACAAAAUGGUAGAAAUUAAUAAUGAGCCGAGAAUCAAGCUGAGUCAAGAAGUUGGAAAGGUCACAAUACCUGGCAGAAAAGAUGCUUAUAGACUGUACGGGUCGGAUGGCUACGCAUUGAUAGAUCUUUUGCAGAUAACAACGGAAGAUCCACCGCAAGUAAUGCAGAAGGUUCUCUGUAGGCAUCCGUUUCAGCAAACAAAAAGGGCUAAUGUUACACCAUCCCGAGUGGAAUCUCUGCACAAGAUAUAUUGGAAAGACGGCAAAUUGUAUCAACCAUUACCUACUUUACAAGAGGUUCGCAAUAGAGUGCAAGAAUCUCUCAAUACAUUGCGUAACGAUCAUAAAAGAAAUUUGAAUCCAACACCAUAUAAGGUAGCUGUUAGUGAUACUUUAUAUAGAUUUAUAGACGAAUUGUGGUCUCAAAAUGCGCCGAUUGGAGAAUUACGGUGAAGCAUACUACUCUUAUAUAAGAGUAUUGUUAAACUAGUCUCUAGCAAUU